AUGGCAACCACCAGCAGUCAGUCAUCGGUCAACAAGCACAUCAUCAGGGAGGAGUCCAGAAGGAUGAACGGCGCCUCGAGCAGCGACUCUGCCUCUGAGUCUGGCAAUGAGGCCGUCACAAGGCACACCUCGUUUCAAACGCGGACGACCUCUUCUUCUCAGGUCCAGACCCAGUCGUCAACCAGGACCCAGUCUUCAUCCCAGCUAACAUCUUCAUCUUCAUUCUCGUGGAAGAUGCUGAGUGUCUCUGAGGUUGUCAAGACUAUCAAAGGUAAGAUCGUCCGAGAGAUCGAGGAUGUCAGCCACGAUCACUUUGAGAGGAUGGGCCUCGAAGGGUACCUGGAGUACAUCGGCAACGAGCGUUUGAUCCACAUGCCUGCCAAGGGCAGCCAGUGGGAUCGGGUUUUGAAGGAGGCCGAGUUCUUUGCUAUCCAGCUGGAUGGCUUCGCAGAGAACCUCAAGAAGGUCAUUCCCGACUCUUACCGUGCCCGGGAUACUGCUUUAGCAAGCUGCUAUUUGCUUCUCGAGCUGGGUUGUGAUCAGGCCGAGGCUCUGGAGCCUACGUUCAACGCCCUCUAUGAGCUUGGUCUGUUGCUUUCUCAUGUCAUCAGGCUGCAUGAUAUGUUCUCGGCAAGUGAGGCCAUCAGGUCUGACCUUGACCGUGUCUUCUCCAGCCUCGUUCACCUCGUUGGAAGCAUCGCCAUCUUCUACAGACAGCGUAUCAACCGCAUCUUCAGCGGUUCGGUGACGAUUGAUUUCGAUGCCGAGUUUGGUGCCCAGGUCUCUGAGAUUUGGUCUUUGAAGGAGCAUCUCUUCAACCACAUGUGGGCCUACAAGCUCCGUGAGAAGCAGCAGUCGCUUGAUAUUGCCACACUCCGACAGCAUCUUUUGCCGUCCAAGGAGUCUGUCAAGUCUUUUGUCUACGGCCGUGUUGCCGACCGCAAGCUCCGCGUCGACGGCACGUGUACCUGGAUUCAGCACGACCUCCACGAGUUCCUCGGCAGCCAGGAUGAUAUCUUUACCAUCACUGGAAAUGAGGGAUGCGGCAAAAGUAUGCUUGCUGCUUGGGUCAGGCAAAGGCUCGAGAGGCCCAUCCACGGAACUCACUUCGAGACCAUCUCUUAUACCUUUUCGAGCGAUAUUCCCGAGGAGUCUUCGCCUCUUGCUCUUCUAAAGAGUUUGCUUUCUCAACUCUUGGAGUCUAACGUCGGUGACAUUGCACUAUUCGAGAAGCUUGGAGUUAUCUUCGGCAGCACGCCGCCGGGAGAGCACAGCCACAAGCUCGAGACCGAUCUUUGGGAGUGUCUUGAGCUGAGUCUUGCUGCCAUCAACAAGAAGGCGCACCUGGUCUUGGUCAUUGACGGCCUCGAUGAGAUCACGGGCGGGACUCAGAAGGCCAGUGACCUGCACAAGCGCCUUCACUCCGCUCUCAAGAAGCACCCCAACAUUCAGGCCGUCACCUUCUCCCGCCCGAUUUCCCACCUUGGCGGCAGUGGCAGCAAGCAUCUGGUCAUAACGCCUGACCACGUGCGCGACGAUAUCGAACUCUUCCUCGCCAACAGGCUCGGACGCAUUCGCGCCUUCGCUGAAGAGAAUGACAACUCCAAGCGCAACCUUGUCAAUCAGCUUGCCGAUCAAGCCAAGGGCUCCUUCCUCUUCGCCUACCUUUCCAUCCAGCUCCUGUCUACAGGCCUAAACAUCGGCUCAUUCAAAGACACAAUCUCCCGUUGCAAUUCUGACGUGAAGGCUGUUAUUGGAGAGCUCAUGAAGAAGGUCAACAUCAAGGAAGAGUACGGCGAGAGCAAGACCUACAACCUCUUCAUCUUCAUGCUCGCCGCUCAGCGCCCCCUCACCACUGGCGAGAUGACCAAUCUCAUGGGCGUUUCCUUGUCGAAGCGUACCGUCUCUCCUUCUGCCGACAUUUGGGCCCCCAUCAACAACACCCAGGGCCUCGUCAAUGUGCACCGGGGAACCCUGCGCUUCAAGCAUUCCGUCGUGAGGAAGUACGUCCACAGCCUCUGUGGCAACACCCUCAUGAGUAUUGAGGAUGCCCACCGCCACCUGACGUUGGCUCUGAUGCUCUUCGCUAAGACGAAGUUCACCUACACCUACGAGCCGUCUCUGGAGGGGCUUCCUCAAGACCUCAUAGACGAUUGCUUUCACUCGCAUCACAUCGUGCCGUAUAUGAUGCAGCACUGGGUCUACCACUUCCGCUCAUCAUCUUUGGUUGGACAAAAGGGCAAACUCACCCUCACUACUGAGUUCAAGGAGGUCUUCCCCGAGACCACGUUCUUCUCCCUGCUCGAGUGGUCCCAUUGGCAGACGCAAUUCACGCUCAAGGACACUAUCGAGAUGCACGAUCUCACUCUUCGCAUCCGGUCUACCUGCUUCGGCGAGAGGCACCGCUCGUAUCUCCAGAACCUUAUCGUCCUGGGAAGCCUCCGCAGGCGCACCACCGACCAGACCUCCGCUGCCGAGUACUUUUACAAGGCGUCAUGCAUCGGUCAGAUUGUGCUGUACAAGUUCAGCCCUAUCGUCAUCUCCUGCACCAACUUGUUCCUUACCUGCACGGAGAAGAUCACAAUCACCACGCGAACCACGACCGUCACCUACCGUGAGGAGUUGAUCAAGUACAUGAUCGAGAUGCACCGAGGCAAGAGCGGUAAGCACAGUGACGAGGUUAUCAGGUGGACCAAGAUGCUGGCCAAGCUUUACGUCGACGUCAAGGAGGAGGAGAGGUCGUUGGAGAUAUACCGAGAACUCCAUCUCAUCGUCACCGCCCGUUUUGGUAAGGGUUCCAAGGAGGAGUCUGAGCUAGCUGGUUCCAUGAGUAUUGUCCUCCAAGGAAGAGAAGGCCAUGACCCCAGAACCAUCUCCCGCCACACUACGCUUCUCUUUGACGCUGCCGAGGAGCUUUCAUACACAGACGUCCGUCGCAUCGAGAUUAUGUUCAGCCUCGCACGUACCUACGAGUUCAAUAAGCAGUAUCUCAUGACGGAGAGGUUGUACGUCAGCCUUUGGCGCUCCAUCUUGGAGGCUUGCCGCCUCAAGGGCAGCGCCGAGCUCCACCUCCAGAAACUCAACAUCGCCAUCGAAUACAUCCAUUUCCUUCAGCGCAUCAAGCGAACCGAGGAGGCUUGCAACAUUUUGGUGUGCCUCUGGGCUGAGUACGAGCACCACAACUUCGAGUCUGAGGUCAUGGUCAUCCGCUUCAAGGAGCUGGCCGUCAUCGCCAAGUCGUUUGGCAUUAUCAAUAUCUCCAUGUCGAUGCUCAGCAGGGUCUGGGGCUACUUCAAGUCUAAGAAGACCAUUGAACACAAGGAGGCACUCUCGACCGCUACAAUCAUCACCGAGGUUGUCGAGGAGAUUAUUGAGACCACCGUCGAGACCAAAACGACCACCACUGUGGUCGAAACCGUCACCAGGGAGGUCUGGGAGACGACCUACAACCGCUGCAAGGGUGGCAAGGUCAAUAAGGGAUUCUUCAGUUCCUGCAUGGCCCUCGUUAACCUCUACCUCAGGCAGGAGAACUGGGCUGAGGCAGAGGUCAUCAUUCGCAAGUCUCUGGAGGUUACCUGGGGUGGUGUUCUGACUGCUACCACCAAGUUGACCAUCGAAGGCGAGUUCGUGCAGGAGCGCGUCUCCGUCGCAAGGGGUCUCGCUCGCUGCUACCACAAGCAGAGGCAGUUCGACAAGGCCGAGGAGAUCUACCUCCGCAUCUUCCACGCCUGUUUCCACUCCCUUCGCGUCGAAGACCACUGCGUACUCGAGGCCGGCGUCGCUCUGGUCGAGUUCUACGAGGAGUACCACCGCCAUGAGAAGGUCAUCGAUAUCUACAACAAGCUUCUUCAGAACUACCGCAAGAACCUCAAGCGCGACCACCAGUUGACAGUUCAGACCCUCUACAAGCUGGCUGCUGUCUACCUCAAGCUCGGUCGCAAGGAGGCCUACGACUGCUACAACGAGAUUGUCACUAUCUACACCCACGACGGCUGCUGUCAUGCUGCUGGCCUUGAUGCCGCCAUCAUCGUUCUCAACCACUACCACCUUGAGAAGCGCUACAGCGAGCUUCAGAAGAUUUGUACUGUUCUCUGGAAGACUUUUGUUCACCACAACAAGGAGAUCCAGUUCACCGAGGAGAUGGUCGAGGUCAUCUACGAGCGCUACCGCUACGUCCUGGAGCACCGCGCCAAGGUCGAGUUCUCUGUCCGGUACAAGCUUACCAUCGAGUACCGCGAGACAGUUACCAAGGUCUUUGGUGCUUCCGCCGGCAUCGUUAUCAAGGCCAUGAUCGCACUUGCAGAGGUGUGCGAGGGUUCCUCGGAGCACUGCCAGGAGUCGGUUAGGGUCUAUGAGGAAGUCAUUACCAGGACAAAGACCACGAACGUGGUCACCGAGACGACAGUUCGCACGAUGAAGAAGCGUCUGUCCCACCUCUACGUCACCGUAAUUACCACAGGCCAAGUUUCAACUACGACCACCGUCGAGCGCGCCAUUUCUGUCAACGUCGAGAUCUACGAGCAGCUCAGAAUCGAGUUCGGCUGGUGGCACGAAACUACUCUCGCCAAACUCCGGGAGAUCACCCUUCUGUACAAGAAGCUCGGCACUAAGGAGUCCCACAUGGCCAUCGUGCAGAUGCUGCAGGCGUCCGUCAUGGAGAUCAUCACGACCGUCACCAUCUCCACGACCCUGCACACCGCCGCCUCCUCCUUGGCCCAGAUCUACAUCGCCUGCGGCAUGGUGCGACACGGUCACGAUCUCCUUCGCCAGCUGCGCUACGUUCUCCUCUUCCCCGGCUUCGAGGGUGGAGAGAAGGAUGUUAGCAUUAAGGUCAAUCGCAAGGUCUCUAAGGUGUCCUUGGUCUUCCUCAUCUCUUUUGAGCAGGCCUUGAACGUCGACUCCAAGGUGUCGUACAGCUUCUCUGAGAUCAUGGCGGACGUGCUCUUGGAGACGAUCUUGUACGAGCAGUACAUGACUGUCAUGUCCAAGUUCACAGAGACCAACAACAUUGAGGUCGUCAUCGAACAUGCUGCUCGUCUUCGUUUUGUCUGGGAGUCUCGUGGCCGCUCCGGCUUCGUGGCUGUCCUCGACAAGAAGCUCUUCUCGCUGUUCACAUCCAAGUACUCCAAGUAUCUCGGACCCGCCGCAACUAACCAAGCUGGCUCCGACUUCUACGUCGGCCUGCUCAGCGAGAUCGGCGAGGGCAUUGCUGCCGACAGAGACUCCAUCGACUUCGGCCUCGUCUCAUGCAGGGCCGCUUACACGGUUACCAAGAGGUUCAUGGAGAAGGAGAAAGACAUCAACAGAGCCCACGAAGUGGCCAAGGUCGGCUUCAGCUUUGCCAACUCUCAACGCUUUUACCACAUGGGCAAUAACUUUGUUUGGGGCUUCCGCUUGGCUGAGCUUCUUGCUGGCAUCGGCGUGAGCACCUGGAAGUCUGCCAAUGACAACGCUAAGGAAUCCUCUAUUGCUACAAGCAGAAAUGUGAUGCAGAUGGUGUUCACCGCCAUGAAGGAGCGCAGGUUCGACUUCGCUGGCCUUGAGCCCAGAGAUGUCAAGAGUCUGGUUUACCUUCUUGGCGAACAGAAGAACUACACCGAACUCGAGAACCUUCUUACCAUUCUCUGGCAGUCCAGGGAGGUGCAACGCAUGUGGCGAGCCGAUAUGGUCCUCAACAUUGGCUCUCUCCUUGUCAACGCUCACAUCUCUGCGGGACAUAUAGACCAGGCAAUCAACCUCUGCGACACUCUCUACUACAACGUCCGCCAAUCCCGUGGCGGUCUGGACAUCCAAGCUCUGGACUUUGCCAACCGCCUUACACAGCUUCUCCGCCGUGGCGACCGUCUUCGCGACGCCGCCCACGUCCAUCAGGACGUCGUGUGCGAUCUCGAAGAGCAUCUCCUUGCCACCAGCGGUGCCGACAAGGACGAGCGUCUCCGAAACGCUGCUGACAUCCAUCUCGACGGCAUGCGCAAGUGCAACUGGGCUUCUCGUGGCGACGGUUUGAGGAAUACGAAGGAGGUGUAUGGCCGCCUCGUCAAGGGGUACGGCAAGCUGAACACACCUGCGGUUGAACAGUGGACUACACUGAGUGCUGCAGAUGAGAAGAGGGAGGCCAACCAGGCUUUUACCUGGCCUAUGGAAUGGAAGCUUGAAGGUGCCGACAUGGCAGGCGCAGGGCUCAAGAGGCCUACAAUUGCGUCUGCGAAGGAGAGAUGGAGGUGCUGGAGCUAUGGAUCCAGCGUGGAGGUGACAACUUACUAG